AUGAAUACCCCAAUUCCUCCUAAGGUCAAGAUACUUACUUUGGAGCCCUAUGAUGGUAAAACUGACCCGACAGACCAUUUGAAUGCUUACAAGGCACAAAUGGGUGUCGAAACCGAGUGUGAGGCAUCAUGGUGUAGGUUCUUUCCUACCACCCUCAAGGUCAUUGCUCAGACUUGGUUCAAUAACCUCGCCCCAGGGAGCAUCAAGACAUUUGAGAAGUUAUCCACCUUGUUCAAGAAGCAUAUCACCGCUGGCAGUAGGCUGACAAAGACUAGUGUUCACUUGAUGACUGUGAAACAAGGGGAGAAUGAAAGUCUAGAAGAUUAUAUCAAAAGAUUCAACAUCGAGUCUCAGCUCAUACCAGACCUCCGGGAUAACGUUGCCUUCACAGCCCUUCUCUUUAGGCUCAGGUCUAACAAGCUGAAGUUCGAGCUUGUUCAUGAUAAAGUCACCUCCUUCUCCAAGGCUAUGGAGGGAGCCGAGAGCAUCAUCGAGGCCACUGAUGUGUGCAAGACUCCCUCCGCUAAGGAUAAAGGGAAGAGGAAGCAUGAUGACAACUACCAAGAAAACAAAAACAGAAAGCCUAGGAGGGUCGAGAGUAAUGAUGAAGGGCUUAGAUACAAUGCUGAUAGGCGUGAUAUCUAUACGGACAUAAAAACCAAGGCUAUCCUCCCCAAGCUGAAUCCAAUGAACACGCCAAUAGAACAAAGAAACAAAAAACUGUGGUGCGAGUACCAUCGAGAAGGUGGUCAUACCACCCGGAAUUGUCGUGAACUCAAGAGAGCACUUGAUAAGCUAGCAGAUGAAGGCAAGCUUAACCGAUACCUCAAGGAUCCUCCAAGAGACAAACAAAAAAGCAAAUCUUCCAGAGUCGCGCAAGAGGUUCAUAGCUCAACCAACACCAACAUAAGCAUCAAUGUUAUAGCCGGAGGGUAUGCUUCUGGGGGCUUGUCUAAUAGAGCACGCAAAAGUCAUUUGGGGUCGCUAGAGGAGCCCAUCUAUGAUAUUGGCACCCCUACAUCCACCCCUAAAGACCACCUCAUGGUAUUCAGGGAUGAUGCUGCCAAGAAGAUCCAAAGGCCCCAUGAUGACCCUCUAGUGAUUCAUAUGAAGAUGGUCAGUGCCAAUGUUAAGAAGAUCUUGGUGGAUAGUGGGAGCUCAGCUGACAUAAUUACUUGGAAGUGCCUUGAACAGAUGUGUUUUGGCAGAGGAGACCUCACACCCCUUGAGAAGCCAUUAGUCAGAUUCGAGGGGCAACAUGUUUAUCCCUUGGGAACAAUCAAGCUACCAAUCCACCUAGGGGAGAAGGGGAAAUGA